UUCACAACUUUGAGCUCCACCAUCUGGUGGCCGUUCAAAAUUCCAAAUGGAUCAGCUCUCACUCUCAGGCACCCGUUUUAGCAUAUAUAUUUCAGUUUUCAUGCAAAUCUUUCUUCUCACCUCUUUAGCCUUAAUCCCGUUCACAGUUGGAGGAAAUAGUUAUAAUGAAACCGAUAAGCUUUCAUUGCUCGCCUUUAAGGCUCAAGUGGUGGAAGACCCUUUUGGAGUUCUCAACUCUUGGAACGCAUCUCUGCAUUUCUGUGAAUGGUCGGGCAUUACGUGCGGCCGACGGCACAAGAGGGUCACGGUGUUGGACGUCAAUUCACACAAGCUGAAAGGUGAGUUAUCUCCACACAUUGGAAAUUUGAGUUUUCUCAGGGUAUUAAAGCUCUAUAACAAUAGUUUGGGCGAACAUAUCCCACCGGAAAUAGGCCGUUUGUUCCGACUGAGAAUAUUACGUCUGGAUAACAACUCCUUUACUGGCGAAAUUCCAGGCAACAUCUCUCACUGUUCUAGCCUCGAGAAACUAAUUCUGGCUUAUAACAAUCUUGUUGGAAAAAUUCCCCAAGGUAUAGGCUUCUUGUCCAAGCUUUACUUCAUCGAUUUGAUCUCCAACAAAUUAGUUGGAGAAAUUCCCACUUCUCUUGGGAAUCUUAGUACUCUUGAGGUGUUGGCUGUGGAAAUUAACAGACUGCAUGGGAGCAUUCCAAAUAGCUUUGGGCAGUUGAAGAGCUUGAGUAAUCUAGAUGUUGGAGUAAAUUAUUUAUCUGGUACCAUUCCUACCUCAAUAUACAAUCUCUCUUCUAUUACAGUUUUUGCUGUGCUUGAAAACCAAUUUCAUGGAAGCCUACCGCCUGACUUGGCUGGUCCCACUACUCUUCCAAACCUCCAACUUUUUUAUGCCAGCUCUAAUCAGUUCGAUGGGCCAAUUCCCCUAACCAUUUCCAAUGCCUCUGGCCUUGUACUAUUUGAAAUAGCCAAAAACAAGUUUUCUGGAAAAGUGCCUAGUUUAUCAAGAGUCUCCAAUUUGCGAAGUCUAAUUCUUGAAGAUAAUAAUCUCGGAUAUCGCGAGGAUGAUGACUUAAAUUUCAUCACCUCUCUUGUGAACUGCACUAAUCUAGAAGUUUUGUAUUUGAAUCAAAAUAAUUUUGGAGGAACUUUGCCUGAAUCAUUGAACAAUAUCUCAACAAAGCUUCAGUCUUUAGCAAUUGCAAAUAAUUGGAUACGUGGAAGUAUUCCAACUGGGAUUGGAAACCUCAUCGAAUUGGAAUUUUUAGACGCCGAGGAAAACCAUUUGACAGGUCCUAUACCCGGUUCAAUAGUUAAAUUACAAAAACUGUAUUGGUUGUCUUUUAGCAACAAUAAUCUCACGGGAGUUAUACCUUCUUCUAUAGGGAAUUUGACAUUGUUAAGCAAACUCUUGCUACACUCCAACAACUUGCAAGGAAGCAUACCAUCGAGUCUUGGAGGAUGUAAGAGUUUGACAACACUUGAUUUUUUUCAAAACAAUUUGAGUGGUACUAUACCAAAACAACUUAUUGGCUUGUCAACCUUGGCCGAGGGAUUAGAUUUAUCAUGGAAUAGGUUGACUGGUCCCAUCCCUAUGGAAGUAGGAAAUUUGGUAAAUAUUCAAUAUUUGCGUCUUGAAGAAAAUAAGUUGAAUGGUGAAAUUCCUGAAACUCUUGGUGGUUGCACAAGCUUGAUGUAUUUGCAUUUGGGGGGAAACUCGUUGCAAGGGAACAUUCCCUCAUCUUUGGUUACUUUGAGAGGAAUAGAAGAAAUGGACUUCUCUCGCAACAACUUAUCUGGAAAAAUCCCUAUGUAUUUGCAGACUUUUCAUAUGUUGAAGAUUUUGAAUUUAUCGUUCAAUGAUUUCGAAGGUGAAGUACCUAUUCAUGGAGUGUUCAAUAAUGUAAGUGCACUUUCCAUAGUGGGAAACACAAGGCUAUGUGGAGGUAUACCACAGUUGAACUUGUCUAGCUGCUCCUUCAAUCUCUACAGAAAGCAUAAACUGUCUCGCAAGGCAAAAAUCAUUAUUGUUUCUGUUGCUUGCGGACUCGUUGCGUUGAUUCUAGCGAUAUUUUUGCUUAUAUUUUGUAUGUUGAGGAAAAGAAUCAAGUCAACAAAUUUGGGAUCAGCAUUUGGAAUUUCUUUCUUGAAAGUAUCAUAUGGGGAUCUUUUCAAAGCUACUGAUGGAUUUUCAUCAGCAAAUUUGAUUGGUGUUGGAAGUUUCGGUUCUGUAUAUAAGGGAAUCUUGAAUCAACUAGAAGCAAAAGUUGUUGCUGUGAAAGUACUAAAACUUGAAGCUUCAAGAGCUUCAAAAAGUUUUGUAGCUGAAUGUAAAGCCUUGAAAAGGAUCAAGCACCGAAAUCUUGUUAAAAUCAUAACCGCAUGUUCAAGUAUUGAUUUUCGGGGAAAUGAUUUCAAAGCUCUUGUAUAUGAGUUUAUGGUUAAUGGGAGCCUAGAAGAGUGGCUACAUCCAAAUCAUGGAGCAAAAUCGGAACAAGAACACAAGCAUUUGAGUCUUAUUGACAGGGUGAACAUUUCCCUCGAUGUGGCAAACGCUCUCAAUUAUCUGCACAAUCAUUGCCAUGUGCCAACUGUUCACUGUGAUUUGAAGCCAAGCAAUGUUCUCCUAGACAGUGACAUGAAUGCUCAUAUUGGUGAUUUUGGAUUGGUGAGGUUCCUUUCCCACCAAUUUUCCUCAGAACAAACUAGUUCUCUUGGAAUAAGAGGCUCCAUUGGAUACAUGGCGCCAGAGUACGGCAUGGGAAGCGAGGUGUCAACAUUGGGCGAUGUCUACAGUUAUGGAAUCCUGCUGUUAGAGAUGUUCACAGGCAAGAGGCCAACUGAUAUUAUGUUUAGAGAUGGUUCAAAUCUGCAUAACUUUGCUUUGGCAGGUCUUUCUAAUUGCGUGGAAGAAAUUGUAGAUGUCAUGCUUCUUCAAACAGAAAAUGAAGGCAGAAACAACAAUAAUGUAAAUCAAGGCACUCACGACUGCUUGGUUUCAGUUAUUAAAAUUGGAGUAGCUUGCUCUGCCGAGCUGCAAAAAGAGAGAAUGGAUAUGGCUGAUGUUGUUGCUGAACUUUGUCAUAUAAAAGACAGACUUCACAACCAUGCAUAGGAAGCAUUAAGAACCAUCCAAGCAGAGAACCCAGUGGUUCUUUAGGUGGAGGUCUUGGAGUUGGAGGGUAUGGCCAACGGUUUAGCAAAAGUGAUGAUAGAAUAUGUGGUGCCAUUGAAAGUAUUUACCAGCUAAUAAAGUUAUAGCCUGUGUAGUAAAUAGUCUAGUAAAAGUCAAAAGCACAUUUUCUUCUCUUCUUUUCCUCCUUUAUGUCAUUAUAUUUCUCCAGCUUUAUGUAGUACCUCUAUUAUUGCACACAUUUAAUUUGGAAAUUGAUAUGGUCAAGUGGACUUUUGUGUAAUAA